CCUACCUAGAAGUAGAAGAUGGACGUCGAACGGCUGUUGGCAUUGCGACUAGUUUAGCUCUCAAUUAGAAUACAGUGCAGGUUUACUCCAGACACGCUGUUAUUAUAAAGCAAAAACAAUCUUCUGUUGCUGAAUUUUGACAGACCAAUUUCAUUCAUCACCGCCAGUGUCUGGUCAACUAGCUAGCUGAUGUUAGCUUGCUUGGCAGCUAACAGUAACGUUAUCUUAUUUUUUCGGGUUUAGCUAGUGAGCUAGCUAACUUGCCAAGAAAUUACAUUAUUUAUUGGCAUAGUGAACGGUACCUUGUUGGAUUUGCUUACAGCGAAAUAGUUAUCUUUCACGUUUGAACUAUUAACUAGUCUCAGGCGGCCUUCGCAGUCGGCGAAAGCUGGCCAGCGCAGUAACGUUAGCUACUGUAGUUAGCUAGCUAUGGCUUCCAGGCGAGGAAAUUGUAACAGUGGCAUGGAUUCUCCGUUGAAUAGCAAUAGCACAGCCGGUGGUACUAAUCGUAAACAAAGUAUAAUCAACGCCCCAAACCGAGCUGGGACUGAGUCUUGUUGUGAUCGUAAAGUAGAGAAAGCUGAAUAUGCGCACCAAGCAUGCCAGGGCAACAUGACUGUAUCCUCACUCAAGACACGGUUAGCACCGACCAUUCGAACCACGUUAUCCGCUGCUGUGGAUACCCUCUUGGGCGAGGUAGUACUUGUGCUCAACGAGACCCAACAAGAGCUGGUUAACAAGGAGCAGGAGAACGAAAGACUCAAAGUGGAAUUGAGGACGUUGCAGGAAUGCCUUAGCAGCGCCCAAAAGUUAAUUGACCAGUUGCAAAUUCCUUUCCCUGGUGCACAGACCAUGGGUCAGUCAGUUUUCGCCCCCUCUCUCACAUCUAUUGGCUCUAUGAACACAAGUAUGGACAGGGACCGCCAGAGCCACCGUAAUGUCAAUGGUGCAGACGGACGGUGUGUUUCCGGGGUCGACCUAGAGAUGAGUGGCUCUCUCAGUGAGUCUCUGCAUGGGUACGACUCCAGGGAUGACUAUAAAAUGUGUCAGCUCUCUAUCCAACCAGACGGCUCUGUGACCAACCAUUCUAUGGACUCUUAUGCUGCCAACACACCUAACAUCUGCUCUGACCACAGCCGGCCAGAUGAGAGGAGGCAGCAGCAGGGGACACGAGCAGGAGGAACAAGAUUUGAGAUCAAAGAAGAGCAGGGGCCUGGUUCAAGUUCAGGUCCAGGGCCGAGGAGCGCCGGUGGUGCUGGCGGCAGUGAGCAGACGGCCCAGAAUGUGGGUGAUCUGGGAUAUAUCCAUGUGGUGGAGCAGGAGGGGUCAUCGCGCUCCGGCAGCUACUCUCUUCGUCACCCAAAACCCAUGAGGCCACGUACUGCCACUGGUGGUCCGGCUCAGGGUGGACUGGCAGGACAGAAAGCAGUGUUGAGGUCUCCUGGAACAGUGGGAAUUGACAGCAUAUCCCCAGGGAGGGCGGGAGAGACAGCAGGACCAUCCACCUCUCCAGGAGACCCAGAUGCAGAUCGCCCCCACCACUGUCUAGAGUGUGGGAAGACCUUCCGCCUCAUCUCCAGCCUGAAGAAGCACAUCCGCAUCCACACGGGAGAGAAGCCCUACCCGUGUGGGGUCUGUGGCCGCCGCUUCCGUGAGUCAGGGGCCCUGAAAACCCAUCUUCGCAUUCACACAGGCGAGAAGCCCUACUCCUGCUCUGAWUGRCCUAAAAUCUUCCGCCARRUAGACGGCCUGCGCAAGCACCAGCGCACCCACACUGGUGACAAGCCCUACGUGUGUGCCAUCUGUGGCAAGCGUCUGAGCCGACUGCAGCACCUGAAGCACCACCAGCGCAUCCAUACUGGAGAGAAGCCCUGCAUCUGCCCCUUCUGUAACCGCACCUUCAAGGAGCCUGCGGCGCUGCGCAAGCAUGUCCGCACUCACCGUGAGGAGUCUGGCAACAUGGAGGCAGGCCUGGGAGAGGAGCCAGACCCAGACACCCUGGAUAACAUCAACAGCCUCCAUCCUGCUGCCCCCUCCCCUCAGAUGAGGUUUGAUGAGUGGGGAGCUGAAGGGGAUGAUGUGGACUGUGUGUAGGAUGGCAACAUCCUUCUGCCUAGAGCAUUAAGAACAUGACAGUAAAGAGUCUUCCUAUUCCAUUACUGUACUGUGUGAGGAAGUCUAAAAUUCCAUCCCUGAGAAACAGGCUAUCUACAUCCUUAGUAUUGUCACUUGACCAGGGUAGCCUAUUCAUUUCAGAGACACUUCAUGUGCCUGUCUGACCCCCUGACAUAUACUUUAGUGCAUUAUAAUCUUAGAAAUGUUAAAGUAGUUUAUAGAAUAUGAAAUGUACCCAUGUCUCAUGUCCCCCUUCUCCCAUACAACUCCACAACCUACCUGGUGUGUAUCAUCAUUGUCUGCUGGAGAUACUCAUCCUUUAAGGUGCUCGUCAUGUGUAUUUUGAUAUGGAAUGGAGUUAUAUGCAACCAUGUCCAAAGACCAUUUUAUAGAAUUGUAACAACAGUUAGUUUGCUACUAUUAAUGCCACCGCCAUGGUGACAUUAAAUGGAGACUCAGCGAUGUGACGUUACCAUGAACAGCAAGGCCUUGUUAGCAGUGGUGGGGCAAAAGUACCCAAUUGUAAAAGUAAACAUACCUAAACAGACAAUGACUCAAGUGAAUGUCACCCAGUAAAAUACUGGA